AUGACCGCCAUCCUUCACUGGGAAUCGCCAAUGUGGCGACGCGUGCCGUCUUCGCUUUUUGCCAAGCCGACCGUCCUCCCUCCGAAAAACCGCCGUUCGCCCAUUCUUCCUUCGAAUCAUCACACCGUUGGUCUCGCCUUCCAACCUCGAAUAUUCCGGCAGAAAGAUGUUCAAACCGCAACUCGAGAAAAAUACCUGAAUUUCGUCUGAUAUCCUGAGUAGCCUCGAUCGAAGUCUAUUUUUUCGAAAAUACAAAGCGAUUUUGUCUGCUGACUCAUACGCCACGGGAACGCCAUUGCAUCUUUCGUCACCGCCCCUUUGUUUCCUUCACUUUUUUCACGCUCUCGAUGACCGAUCUGCCGGUGCCAAAACCUCGUCGAUUUUUUCUGGUCCAAUCAACGUCUUCUCCCGGCUACCAGCCAGUACCGCUGCCGAGAAGAUCCAUAUCGAGGUCACCGGCUGUUUGCUUUGGAUUUUCUCCGCGAGAAGGCGUCAGGAUGCGUCAGCCAGAUUCUGAGGACUCUCCUUCGUGCUCCAGAAGCCUCUUACCUGAAAGAGGUCUCGAGUCUCCAGGCGUCAAACGAUCCAAGGUCAUUUUUUUUUUGCUUUUCCGAUCGUCUUUUCUCACUAUACCUGGCAAUUAUUUGUUUACUACAUCUGUCGGUCCAUCCUAUCAAUCAAUAAGUUUCAAUCUCUCACCUCCAGACUUUAACAUUUUUUCUUUCAAAGCUUUUGGGAAAAGCUACAGUUUAUCUAAUUUUCAACCAAAGCACACAUUCUUUCAAUUUUGCGAUGGUUAUCCACAUUUUCAAAAGUUUCUGUUCAACUCAAAAGACAGCUUUUUUUUUUUAAAUUCUCGCUUUGAAUUUUCGUCGCGUCAUUGGUCUUUUUCAUGCAUUGAAAAAGGGACUAAGACUAUAACAAUUGCUUUCGAGUGGGAGAAAUGUAGAAAAAUGAUUUUUUUUUUUCAACCUAAGUUUUCUUGAAAUCUGCCUCAGCAUUAUUUAAUGACUGGGCGAACGAAAAAUAAAUUUUUGGUUAAUAUUUUUUGUCGUUCACCUACAUCUGUCUCAAUUAUCGCGGCUGUUUUUCCCCAUUUCUCCUGCAUUCCUCCGAAAAUAGUCUGCAUGUUUCAGACUGUCGGAGAGCUCUACAGGAUGUCAGCGCGGGCGAUCGCCGCGUCGCGAAGUCGCGACUCGCGACCUCUAUCGGCCUACGACGAGCCGCGACAUCUGAAUGACACGAAGCCGAUCCUGAUGGCGAUGAUGCAGCCUUCAGAAGUCGAGGCUCGCGAUCGGAAACUCUUGAGCGGCAGUUGUGGCUCCCUUUUGCGACAACGACCUUCAGAGUGAGUUGUUAACGUCUUCUUGCAAUAACAAGAUCAAAAACGGCGAGGCUUAAUCGGGCUUCUUGGAGUCUCAUGUUCCUAAUUAGAGCACUUGAAACAAAAUUAACAUUCUACCAUCAGCUGGUCAGAAAUCUUCGAAUUCUUGUGAUCUCAAACUUUCGUUUAUUUUUCCUAUAAGGUAGCAUAUAAAAUAAUGUUGCAAUCACUAGAAACUCUGUGGCGGUCGCUUGGCGAUCAUCUUCACGGUUUUUGUUAAUCGCCUUGCCGCGAUAUCGAGUUCGCUUCCGUCCGCUCAUUGUUGAAUUAGUCUGCGAUCUAAGCUGUUGGGGAAACAACUCGACUCAUUGGCCAGCGAGAAUGUUGACGUUUCACGCGGGAGAUCGUUCGGCCAUCUCAACAGACUUCGGGGUGGUCGUCAUUGAUACUAUAAGGCGUAUUUGAAACAGAUGUUCGUAUUUACGCUGUAUGUGAUCGUUUUUCUUGACGUUGGAAAGAUGUCUUUUUAGAAAAAGCUGAACGAAAAAUUUUUGAGACGCGCGGUUCCGUGUCAAAAAUGUAUACACGGGUGUGACACAAAGAUCUUGCAAAUUAAUAUUUCUUAAAAGCCGUGAACUUUCAUUCAAUAUCUAUCUGAAAAAUUAAUUUUGCUGUAUAUGUUUUUAAUGGUUUCUCAUCUAUGAUUUUUUUUUUACAUAUCUUUGAUUGAUUGAAUUAGUGAUUCUGCCGUUUUGUGUUCUUUUCUUUACUCGUAGAACGUAUUUUAAUGGAAUGGUCGAGCGGACUAUGCGUCAACCCGCAGCAGCGACGCAUUCAGAAGGUGAAAUUGCCGUUCGAUAAAUACAGCGCGGACCUCAACUCUCUUUUUCGACUCUAUGCUCCCUUGGUCUCUUUUUUUUUUAGUUUUGCCCACUCAGAUAGCUUAAGAUAUUUCACCAAAGUUCCAUCUUCUUUUGAAAAUACUUAUUUCAGUUCCAGCGCCGAGUGUGGCGGGAUCUACGUGUUGGUGGAAGACAUCACCACGAUCCACGCGAACGAUUCGAUGAACGACGAAAACGUCGAUGACGACGCUUAUUAUGGUAUUUUUGUAUCCUUUUUUUUUCAUAAAGGUUUUUCGCAGGAAAAGCUUAAGAAAGAAAACAGAUGAGAGACGGAAAACAAGAAUAAUAAUUUCUUUUUCAUCGCGAAACCUUCAAACAGAUAGUAAUUUGUACAGCUACUGUAUUUUUCCAGUAUAGUCAUUAAGCUGUCCGCCACUUUAAAAGUUUAAGAAUCAGAAAAAAAUUUAUUCCUUAAUUUUUUACUGCUAUCUCACGGGUAGAAAAAGAUUUUCCUUGUCAAAAAGUAAAAAAAGGCGCUUUUUAUUGGAGUUUUGGGAAAACCAUUGGCGUGGAUCGUCUUCAUUGUGUUCGCCGUUACGCCUCCAAAUCGCAUUGAUCUACUAUUUCUAGGCCUAAAGAUUCGGAACUUGUUGGAAACCCCCUAUAUGAAUGAAAAUAUUGGUAGUUUUCAAUGUAUUUUUUAUAAAGAUUUUUUCAUGUUUGAUAUUCACGUUUUUCAGUCUUUUUACCUUCUACUCUUUUUCUUUACCUAACAAGCGGUUGGGCCCUAAUUUUUCAUACAUAUAGGUUAAUAUUUUGAAAAAAAUUUUGAAAAAUUCCUUUUUCGCCUUUGACUCUGAAAAUUAUUUUCGGUUGAAAAUAACAAAUUUCAAGUCAAUAAUUUAAUUGAGCGUUGUGAAAUGCCGUGUAGAAUGAGGCGUGGGAAUGAAAUAGAGCGGAGCGCGCUCCCUUUCCUCCAAAACCACGGUCCUUUGUUUCUUUUGACUUUUCUUCUGCCGGGGAUGACUUCCGUCGCCGACCUCUGCUCUUUUUUGAACUGUCCUAGGGACUUUGCGAGAUCCUAUAGAGCGAUCAGUUUGAAGUUUUUUAUCAAUUCAAAUUUUCAACGCCGCAUGUUCUUUGAAAAAAUUCGAUCCUAUGAAAAACAAACUAUUAAUGGGUUUGAUUUCUGGUAUAGCAUUUCUCCACCCUCCUUUUAUCUGCAGUCGAUUGCGCAGCUGCUCGCUUUUUUUUUCCAAUCGUUUUCUUCUCUUUGCGCACAUAUGAAAUGGUCAUUUUGUCGGUGUGCAGUGAGGUCGAUUCUCUCAACUCUUCUUUUUACAUCCACCUUUCUCAAAACGAAAUUUUCAAAGCGUUUUUAUAUUCAGAGUGGUUUCAUUUUUAAAUUGUUAGAAUUUGCGUUGGCGUUUCCAGCAUUGAUCUUCGAAAUUUUAAAAUCAACAGAAGGAAUCUUCAGAUGUGAAAAUACAUUUGUUCCAACUUUUCAGCAACUCCCGCUGACUUUUCGCCCAACUGCAGACGGAGGGAGCAAGAUUUUUUCGGGGAGUCCAGACAUUCUGCUCAUCAAGGCGAUAAUCGAAAAAAUGGAAUGAGGCCAGUGGCAGACGUGGUGGCUUGGGCCGUUCCCAAGGAAUACUCGAGCAGUCCGAUCGUCAAGGAGCUUUCGCAGCCUUUCGAAGAAGUUUCUUCUUCUCAAAAGUUUAUUUUAUAAGAGUUUUUUCAGCGACCAAAGCCUCCGACACCUCCAAAUGAGUAUUCCUGCUCCGACAACUACACUUCUUUCACCAGAAGUUCUCAUGUUUCUCGGUCGAAGCCUGAGAAGCCGGUGUCUUUGCUGGAGCAGAUCAUUCGAACGCACACCAUUUGGUGAGAAGUUUAAUCAUUCUACCAGUUGCUGAUAAAAUGGACGGAGCGAAGUAGCCGUCGACGUUUCUCGCGGCAGUGUUCGUCUCGAUGUUUUGAAUUUUUCUUGUCUUGAUGUCAAAAAUAACUGAUAAGCAGAAAAUAAAUAGUUUGCCUGAAUAAAUCUGUUAGAAAACUUAGAAACACUUUUUAGAGAUUUUUACAGCAAUGAAAAUUUUGCAUCUUAGUUCUACGCCCCUUAAAGCACAGAUGCUGGAAGAUUUUUGUUUUUUUCAUCGUUUCCUUUUUUUCAAUCAUUUUUUUGCAGGUACAUUCCUCACCUUGGACGACCUGAAGUGCUCCAUCUUCUGCGAAAAAAAUGGAACCAGGGGUAAUACCGAAAUUUUUUUCAAAUUAAACUACACAAAAAAAUAUGAAAAUACUUCUUAACUUUAAGACUUGUAUUGUAAUAAAAAAACACAUGAUAAUAGGGGUUUUUUAAAAAAAUUAAAAUAUUGAAAAGUAAAGAGGCGCAGAAUUGUUAGAAAUGAACUUUUUAUUUUUUUCUUAGCGAUUAUGACCGCUUCAAACUGCGCCUUAAAUGAGAGAUAAAUGGCGACUUUCGCUAGUCUCAACGAAGAAAGCCGGAUCUACCUAGAGAUGAAUGAUACACAAGUGAUAGCCAUAGUCUAUGUGGAGAAAAAACAAGUUGAGAACUUCAUCGUGCGGGCUUCGUCGCGAGAGAACUGCAUGGCGUUGUCGGUGUGUCUGGGGCCUGGGUUCGGCGCCGACACCGACCAUUACAUCAUCCAGAAACUUUCUGCCGCCGUCGGCGACCAUCCGCCGCUCAAUUUAGUGCGUUUCUCAAUUACAAUUCACUUCAAUUUUUUUCAUCCGUCUUCUUCUAUUUGUUAGAAAGUGAAACCACACUGUUAGAAAGAAAAUUUUAGAAGCUUAUUACGUUGAAAAAUUGUUUACAUGUCUACUACAAAAAAAUAUCUCAGUUUGAACUUCCAUCUGAUCCCAUUAUUUCUACUAUAUUUCUCAAUAGAAAAUUUCUCUAAGAUCCAAGUAAAAUUCUAUCUUGUAAUAGUUUUUCUGAUAGUUCAGUUAUUCUCUUUCCAAAAAAAGAAUUGAAAGGUUCAAGACGACUGUCUCGAGUUCAGAUCCGCUUGGAAGGAAGCCAGCUGAAGUUCCGAUCGCUGCCUCUCCUCAUCGAGCACUACUGCACUCACGAGUACUUUUUUUUGCUCCGAGGCAGAGGUACAAGGAUGUUUCAGCGAAGAACUACAAACUCGAUUGGUGCUUCCGGCGGCGAUUCGCGCCUGCCGCACUACUAAGCAGCUCCAGAGCGUCGCUCUCAUGGAACAAGGUACUUUUUUCGGUUCGAUCCGACACUUUUUGGCCCUGAUAACGCAAGAAAUGCAGUAGAUCAUUGCACCAAGGCCUUCGGGAUUCCGAUUGUCAUUAUUGAAAAAAAAAAUGGUUUUGUCUAAUAUUCGUUUCCGCCAAAGUAGGCGCAAAAAAAUUAAUUAAACCUAAUUUUUAAUUUUUUUAGUCUUUUUAGUAAUUAUGUACGUUUUUUUCCAUAAUCGAAUUCAGUAAUUUUACAAAUGGAAAUCUUUCAGCUACUUUUUUUAUAAGUACUGGUAACAUUUCGGGAUCCGUAGAACACAUUUAUUUUUUUAUCUCUUAUCACUCUCUUCGUUCUUAGAUUUAAAAAAAUCAAAAAAAGGUCGAUUAAAAAAAGUUUAUGACUUUUUAAAAAGCCAAACUGUGCACAUAAAAAGCUCAAAAUUUCUUUACAACUUUUUUGGGGUUUCCGAUUCGACAGUUUUUUUUCUAGUUUGUAUUUCUAAUCGAGUCGUAAUCCGAUACCUUUUUCUCAUACUUCUCAUACUGACAUGUGGUGUAAAUUUUUUUUCUGGUCAUAGGCAGUCGAAAAAGAAAAAAAAAAACACGUCGCAAGUCUAAUGCUUCCGUUGCUUUCACAAUUUUCAAGCUUGCAGGUUUUUCUUUGUAACACUCUUGCUAGACUUCCUCGUGUCGCUGUUUAUUAGGCUCAAUUUUAAAUUUUGAAAAAAAUGCUUCUUUGAUUUUGCUGUUCAGAUAGUGAGCCAUAGUUUUGAAGUUUUCAAUUAGGCCGGGAUUUCGGAAGGAAGGUGUGCUUGAAUUGGUCUUUUUCUGUAAGUAUGGAUUACUGAAAUGAGUGAGAAGACAUCCGCAAGAUGUUUCUGGAAAGUGAAAUCCACUUGGGUUUUGAUUUGUCCUAUUUUGAGGGCACAGCGACGGCCAAACAUUUUGAUUUGUUCUUGAUAUGCGUUGCGUGUUCGCCACUUUAGAUCUGUUUCAGAUCUCAUUCGAUUGUUGAUUUUUGUGGCCAAAGCAGACUUUUCAAUAGUUUCACAUGAUAAGGUUUUUUCAUUCACCGAAUAGAAACUUCUAAGCUCUUUAUAUCGAUAAAGAUGUUAGAAUAUUGUUAAGAAAUUUAAAAACGUUAUCAAAAUUCUUCGUACGUUUUCUGUUCUUCUAUAUUUUAAUUUUUUUUUCUCAACAUUUCUGAUGAAAUAAACCGAUAUUGAAAACUAUUUUCAAAAUUUCUGGAUUCCAAAAACGUUGUCACAUUCAAGUCUUUUUUUUUCUUACUCCAGCUGUCAGGUCUAAGCUGUCUCAUUUUGCACCAAUUUAUGAAUUUUGAUUGAAAUUUAUUUCGGUCAAAAAUCGACAACUUUCGAUAGUAUUUCUUCACAAAGAGUCAUAAAUUAAUAACCCGGGAUCAUAAAAGUUGCGUUAAUUGCUGUCAGAAGUCGGUAAUAACUUGUGAGAAGUAAUCUAGCGGCGUCAACGGGCUGGUAAUAAUUAAUAAAAGAAGAGGAGGUGGUUCAAAUGAUAAUGGGCGAACGUCCUUGGCGUUUUGGAGGGUGCAGGGCGGCCUUUUUUUUCCGCUGGCGAACGGCCCGAGUUAUGACUCUUGGCGGACGGAGACCGUCGAGAAUAAUUGUCGUUUUAUGCGCUUCGACAUUUUUACGCACCGGCUCGUCCUCUCAGAGUUUUUGACUGCCGCCGAUAUCCGAUCCGAUACACCUCAGUUCAAGCUCCUCUUCUGAGUCCUCUUUCCUCUGAAAUUUCGAAUUUAUUUUCUUUCUUUGCUAUCAUUUUUUUUAGGUUUGCUUAGGAGCAGUGAAAAGUCUUAUAGUUCUCCAAUAUUCGUUGAUUUUUGAAAUUAAGAGAUCUAAAAAAGGCCGCUUCUUUUCCUUUUGUCGAUUUUGUUCUUCGAUUUUCACUUGAGAUUCCAUUUCAAAAAUAAUUUUUCCAUUUCUUCCUUGUUCUUGAACUUUUGAUUUUUUUUUCAUUUUUUUUUUCAAAUGUUAAUUCAACAUUCCGCAAUCUGCACGACGAAUUCAAUAAACAAAACAUUGAAAAGUCAAACUUAACGCUUGUUGUAAAAUAAAACGAAGUUAUCCUUCAAGCAGGGUUAAAGUUAAUUUCCUUUCAACUCUUCAGCGCUGCAUUUUUUAAAUCUUUAAUUUCAAUCCUAAAUAGAGAGCCUCAAGAGGAUUUUUUUUUCUCGAUUGACGGGUCUGUUUCUUUCCAUUAGAGCUAUAAAAAAGGCUAUUUGAAAACGUAAGAUUUUUCAAAGAAUAGUUAUUUAGAUUUCUUGAUUAUACUAGAUUAAACUAAGUCUUUGAAUCGCCGAAUGUUUCUUCAAAAAGUUGGCGCCAUCAAUUUGUCGAGGCUGGUCGAGGAUUGCGCAACUUGGCGUUGGUCCCAUGACCCAUCAUUUUUUAAGUGCGUCAUCCACCUUUUUAGUAAACAUCGGCCUACAAUGCUUGUCCCAUUUCGCGCGACCCUCAUGGUCUUCAUUGAGACUUCAGAACCGAAUAUGACAAAAAAGGAAGUUGAAUGGUUGUGGUCCAUAAUUGCACUACUUUUCAAUUCGUUUCUCACGGCUCCUUCAAAUUUAUCGUUUUGAACCUUUGAAAUCCCACAACACUGCCAGCAUGAAAAAAUCUUGAUUACAGUGCAAAAAUCUUCUUUUCCUGAAUAACUUACUAGGGAACGUUUUACAGCCCGGUUGAACUUUUGCUGAAACUUCGCUGAAGUGUAUUUUAGAACCCCCUGAUUCCAGAACAGAGAAAAAAUUUCUCGCAAUAGAUCUCGUUUUCGAGUUAGGACAUUUCCAAAGCCCGAAAUAGCGUUUUUUGGCAUAAUUUGCGUAUUUUGCACACUUUGAAGCUACAUAACUCGGAAACAAGAUCUAUUGCGCGAAAAUUUUUUUUGUCGUGAUCUGCAAUCAGGGGGUACUGAGGUACACGUCAGCAAAGUUUCAGUAGAAGUUCAACCGGGGGAUGAAAAACGUUCCCUGGUUAGUCGAUUUUUUUUAUCAAGCCAAAUAAUCUCGUAUGUAUCUGAGAAGAAAAAAUUUGUCGUUUUUCAAUUAGAAAAUCGAUGACUUUCUCUAAUUUUUCAAUUAAAUGUUUAAAUUUUGAAACUUGUUAGGUUCAGACUUCUGGACAAGCGACAUGUCGUUGUCGCGAAGCGGGUCGCGAUCGACGUCGCGCUCAUCACAAUCCCAUCCCGUGCCUCUUCUGAACGUUGGUAAGAGCUUCAAUUUUUUUUAUUAACCUUUUUGAACUUGAAAGAUAAUGGAAUCAUAUGUUGCACUUUUUUCAUAGAAAUGAUCUUUUUUUUUAAAGCAGAGGAUUGCAGGAUCGUCAAACGAGUCGACGACGUCGUUCAUCGAUAUCGACACGGAAACUUCGCCCGAUGGAAAACUUUUCGACGCUUGUUAUAAUACCGUCUACGAGACGGGCCCGAAGAACUUGGAAAUCAGAGAACAUUGCACAAUCGACCAAAAAUGGGUGAGAAAUUUUGAGAAAAAAAAAGAGAGAAGAUUUUAUGACGCUUUUAUUGGUAAUUACUAUGAAGCAAAAACUUUUGUGGAAAAAAACAGUUUUUUUAAACUCAUCAAACUUUAACAAAAGGUUCUUCAAGAGUUCAGCUUAAAAAUACAACGGUGAAAAAAACAUUUAAGUUAUCAAAUCUUUAUAUAUUUACAUCAUUCAAUGUAUUUCUGACCAAAAAAAUGUUUUUACAUCUUAUAAGAUCGCUUUUCUGCUCAAUUAUGGCAGAAUCGGCUGGAAAGGAAAUGUUGGGGUUGCAGUCGAAGAAGCGGACGUCGUCGACGCGACAAGGGAACGCGCGAUUCGCGACGAUCCACGGCGACUUGCUGACUGGCUGCAUCGGCGGCGGCAGCGACGAGGUCGACAGCGGCAGCAGCGGCCAUUCGCCGCCGACGAAACACGAUCGCGUCGAAGGUCUCGAUGUCGUUUCCUGUCCCUUGUCUGCUCCCGAGUUGUGUUUUCGUCCGUAGCUUCUUGUUUCUUUCCAUGUUUCAGGUUUUUGUAUACUUCUUGAUCUUGAGAGCCUGGUUCUGUCAUUCUCGCAUUUUCACGACUAGAUAACUUCAAUUGAUAGAAAUAUUUCUUCUUAAUGAUGCAAGUUCAAGUCCAAAAAAAACCACGAGGAAUCCCUAAUUUCACAGUAGCCGAACACAUUUUUUGGAAAAACAAGUCUUUUCGCUAAUAAUCUUUCAACAAAAAAGUACUAAGUGGCCAGCAGGCUGUCAAUGAAUUUUAUUACAAGAUAAUGAAUAAAUAUAUUUAGAUUAUUUAAUUGGUUUCCAAAAAACUGCUCUAUCGCCAAUUGAAACUUUUCUUACAAGUUUUUCUUUUUUUUGGAUUACGAGGUUGAAGGUUGUGAAACUUCUGUUUGUGAUUUUUUGAUUUUAUUCGAUAUGUUUCCGAGGACUUCCAAGUUUCAAAUUAGAUGUUGAAGUAGUUGGUAACGCGAAAAUACGAAGUUUUUGACGACGCAGUUUGGACGGUUGGAGUUAAUUCGCGAGGAUGAUCCGCUCGUCGGAUUCGCCGUCUUUUGGUUCAGAAGUUUUUAGUCGGCGGAGCGCAUUUCGUCGACAAUUCCAUUGUCCAGGUGGCGUCUCGCACUUCAUCUUCCCUCCACUUAACUAGUCCUCGCCGCUCAUAGUUUUUUUUAAUGGCUGUCUCAAUAAUCCUUGUUUAUUGUUUCUGUGGCUAUUUCUGAGGAGUUAAGAUACUUUGCGAAUAUUCAUUUCGGGCCUUAGAUCUUAAUCUGCUCACAAAAAACUCAACAUUGGAAAUUUUAUCAUGUGAGCAUCUGCAAGGAUUUCUCAUCAGACUGUACAAUAAGAUACUAGAACAAAUAUUUUUUCAGCUCAUUCCCAUUUUCACAUUCAUUUGGUAAACUUCUUUCAAUCAUUCAAUCAUUGGAACUUUUACUUAAAUACCCUUGAAAAAUCUAUGUGAAUUAAGUUAAAAUCCCAUUGAAUGUUUCUUUAAUAGCUUUCGGAGAUGCUUCGAUGUUUGAAAAACUGUUAUGAUUAGAAUCUUUGCAGGAGGACUCAUAUCGCGAACAGAAAGGCGGUCGCAGUCCGUUCGCAAUCACAAAAGCGGCAAGUUUCUUUCUUCUUUUUGAUUCAUUGGAAUGGAAGCCGGUAGUUUCCCUCGUGUCCUCUUCGUUUUCCCAUCACUUUCAUUUCAUCUUUUCUUCUUGGUAGUUCUGAAAGUCCGAAUUUUUCAAAAAUGAAAAAAACUCGGAUGGCUUAGAGUAGCAAAUUAUAGAAAUUCUAAAAAAAUUUGGGCUUCUCUGUGGCGUUUAGUUUAAAAGUUUCCUUCAACUGAACGAGAAAUCUGGUUUUUUUACUCGCUUUCUAAUCAGGAAAUUUCUCGUUUGUUUGUUAUUAAUUGCAAAAUGUACCUCGAGAUUCUAUUAAAAUUUCUUCAUUGAACUUUUAAUUUUUUGAGUAAUAUUUCUUAAAUGAUGAUUUCUUUUUUCAGCCAAUCCACAGCCGAAGGUCAGCGGCUCGGCAACGUUAUCUCGUGCUUCGAGACCCAGAUCUUUCCUCAAAUCUUUAUUCUUCGGCAACAACUCUUCAACCAGUGAGAAGCGCAAGCCUUUGCGUGCUUGUGAUAUUGGUACGUCUAUUUUUCUAAAAAAUAAGCGUUUUUCGACUGUUUGUUGAUUGAUUGAAAGUUUUCACGAAUAAAGUCUCUGACCCCAGUCGCCAGCUUUCCGCCAAUCUUUCGCCAGCGCGCGCCGCGUCUUUCGCGAGCUGGCGCGCCAUAUCGCGGCGAGCUGGCGAGAAACGCGCCAGAAAUUCGCCAGGCUUAUCUAUAGCGCGCAGAUUCCCCCUUUUUUCAAUCAUUUCCCUUCCUCCAAUAUUGUUAUUUUUUUAUAUACUAAAAAAAUAUAUCUUAUCAACUUUUAUUAUUUUUCACAAAUACAAAAUUUAAUGGAAAUAAAAUCAACAUAUAAAAUCAAACAUCAAGAGAACUUGAAAAAAAUGAGAUAUAAGAAGGAAACGCUUGCAAAGUUUACAACUUAAUUUAAAAACAAUAUCUUUCGAUUCGAAAAAAAGAUCAUAAUAACAGAACAUCAAAAAAACUUUACCAAACAAUACAUCUUAGAAAAAAAUGUGAGCCAAAAAAAUCCGAAGAAAUAAAAGGAAACUUGAAGUUGACUGCUCGUAAAAUUUUUCGAUAAUAUGCAAAAGAGUUAUUUGUUGCUUCAAAAUACCAAAAAGAAGAGAGAAAUUUUAAAAGCUCCAACGCAUUUAAAAAAAGUGAUAUCGACGAGCAGUCAAUUUAUAUCGGAGACAAAGUUAAAAAAAUCCUUUCAAAAAAACUUUUUUUAAUGGAUACAUUAAGCUGUUUAACAAAUCCUCUCAAGUUAUUUUCGCACAUACUUCGACUAAAAGGUUGAAAUUCAGAGGAUAAAAGAGCAAUACUAGAGUCUCUGAUGUAAAAAAAAGUUUGAGGAAGUUUUAUAAUCAAUGGCCGUAAAGUGGUAAAGGCUCUAAUAAUAAUAAAUGGCUUAAAUUUUAAAAUCAGUUUAUAGAGAAUUAAAUAGAAGACUCUUAUACAAAGUUUUUUGAAAAGAGAAAAUCUUUUACUCGUGAAGAAAACUGAGCCAUUUAUCACUUUACUUCAAAUGGCCACAAAAUAAAGAAAAAUAGUGCGAAGAGAUUCUGAUUUUUCACAAGUAUGAUCAAGGCAUUACAUUUUUGUUGUGCAGUGAUACAACACGGUUCUUCAAAUUUAUCAGCCCCUUUUCAAAGCAAACUACGAAACUUAUUUUCAAGUCCGAAAAAAACUGCUUCGAAAACUCUACUCGUCAGCCGAAUUUCGCGGGCAUGACAAAUCCGAGUAAUAUUUUUGAGGCUAAAAUAUGUAAGCUGUAUUUUUGAAGCUGAAUUUUUACGGACACAAAAAUACAAUAAUUUGGGUGCAUCAAGAUAUUUUUGAGGCUCAUAAAGUUGAUGAACGUGUAAAGUUUACAAAUAUAAAAAAACUUGAAAAUUUCGCGGACAUUUUGCGUCGUACCCGUUCUCCGUAUUUUGGUUAAAGCAUCGUUAUCCAUUUGCAAUGAACAUCAUGACACCGUCGGUUGAGAUCGAAAAUAUAUCGAUGAAGUACUUUACAUGAAAUCCAAAACUUACCAAAGUGAGAGGAAAAAAAAACAUCCUUCAACCGUAACGGGGACUUCCUGACGAUGCUUUUUUUCUGAAGGAAGCAGUUGAGGAAAAAAGUAGAAAGCACUUACUAAUUCAACUGGAGUCGUUCUUUCAGCCUCACGGAAAGAGAAGUUCAGCAUGAAAACAUUAAGCUUUUAGAGCGGUUGAUCAUCCACGAAACUAAAUCGAGAAAAUAAUUCGAAUUUUCUUAUUUACCAACCUUUCAAGCUGUUGUUUUUUAAACCUGAAACCCUCCGUCGCAUCACAUUUACUGAGCUCUACACAAAUAAAACAAAGGUUUAUAUUCUAAUAAAUUUCUGACUUUUUUUAAACUUCUUUUCAACUAAUCGCGUUUCUUUCUUUAAACGACCUACGCAACCUACAGUUUUCUACUUCUAUACACAGCUUUUUGAAUUUUUACCAAAAAAAAGAAAAAAUGAAAUCAAGAAAAAUUGCUUGUUACAUCAAAACUGCAUUGCGGCAUCGCUUCUGCGCUAGUUCGGACAAAACAGGAAACGAACACUGAAAAAUCGUGAAAUCAGCAAAAAAUCAAAUAGAAAAACAAAAGGACAAAAAAAGCGAGUCCCAAAAUUUUAGAUCGAAAUAUAAAAUACAGUAAUAAAAGCAAAUUCGCGCUAUUGGUUAUGUCGCCAGAGAAUCGCCAGGAAACCGCCACAAAUUUGAUGGGCGCGAGCUGGCGAAAUGACUUUUUCUGGCGGAUAGCUGGCGCCUGGGGUCAGAGGUGCCUCAGGUUUCAUAGCGGAGCUUGUCCGAACGUUUUUUGGUGCGAAAUCCUAAGGUUUCUUGUUAAAAAAUCUCUUCUUAGCAUCACAGAGCACCGAGACAAGUUAUGUCGAAAAAAAGGUCUUCCGUGUUCAAAAUUCGCCUACACUUAAUUUUUUUGUGGAAGCUCAAAAUCAGCUUUUCUAGUGAAAAACCAGAAUUUUCAAGUUCCAAAGUUUGUCCCUCGCGAAAUGUCUUGAUUCAUGAAGGUUCCUCUUUCAAUUGAACUUGUUCAGAAGGCCCGUCGGACGACGCACGGCUGGCCAACUGCGACUACUUCACUCCAUGGGGCAGAAGCCCAGUGAAAAGGUGAGAGAGAUUGUGGCGUUAUCCCAAGAUGAGAUAUCAUCCAACACAAAAAAGCAAUUAAUUACCCGGCGACUUGUGUAUCUCGGCGUGCGUGUGUGUCGGCAAAGUGAACGACAAAUGUCGCGGAAAAGAGUAACAGCUGAGAUUUCGGCUGAAUUAUCACUCCUCUUUCGCUUCGAAGGUCUUCUCCUUCUGUUCCUCAAACUGGCAACAUCCAACGACUUUUUUGUCUCCUCUUAAUGACCGUCCCGACCCGACGUUAUCAGUGAUUUGUAUGUUCUUGGCGAAAUGGCCUCCGUGCUCAUUGCUUGGUGUUGGUGAGUGGAACCUCGUCUCGUUCCAGAGUCAGAUAAAGUAAAGCUCAGACCAUAAAUGGAUUAUGUUGACCGAUUUCCUACCCGAGCUUUUGUUUCGUUUUUUUCCGGUAUAACGUUCUUUGAGCGUUUUCAAAACCUUUCUGUUUGAAUGCUUUCAGUAAAAACGACAGCUUAUUUGAUAAUUUUUUCUGAAAUAAUCAACAGAAUCAAUAUUACCGACAAAUUUGGCAACUUUAAACACUACUGCAUCAGUAUUAAAAAGAGGAGAUGAUGAUUUUAAUGAAGUAAGAAAAAACUUUGCAGCUCGCGGUCCGCCUUCGACAUCACUAGUCCGACACCACGAGGAGUCCUCGGAGCAGCCAAACGCGGCGGAAGCUACCGUACUAACCGCGACGAGUUCGACGACGAAAACUACACGAGCGGCUGGAAGUUCAACUCGGCGACUCUUUCCUCCAAGACUUCGUCUCCGGCGUCCUCCCGUCCCGAUGGCUUCAUGAGGACUUUCAAACCGGCCGCUGAUGAAGAUUGUUCGUUUUGAUAAUAUCUUGGGGUAGAUCAUUGAAUCUUCCAGAGAAAAGAAAAAAAAACUUUGAAAACGUUUUUUCGAUAAAGGGAUCAUGUCAUUAUUGAAAGCACUACGUGUUAUUAUUAUUCAAAGUAGAAGAGAGAGACCUCAAAAAUAGAUUUCAUGAAUUAAUUAUUUGUUCCUCGCUUCUACAUAUAACGUGAAAACUCUAACAGUAAAACUUCUUCAAGUUUUUUUUUCUAUGGGUAAUUGAGUUUUCACAUUUUUCGUGCGUUGAUAAGAUUGCAUUUUUGGAGAGCAGUUGGGAUAGAAGAGUGUGAGAAAACUUCCUGUUAUUAAAGCUCGAAGUCCGGCCUCUGUAUACUGUAACUGUUUUGAAAGAUUUUUGAUGAAAUACUGUCGUAUUCUGAAGUAUACUUGACAAAAGCUGUUCAGAAAAGAACUUCAAAUUUCAGCUGUGAUUUCGUCGCGAGUCCGUCCUCUGCCGAUGCGACGCGAACGCAGCGAUCUCUGCGGCAUGUCGCUGGCGACUGUGAAGAACGCAGGGACGCGACUCGCGCGACACAACGAGAGCAGUCCCGGACCUGUAGAAGCGAAGAACGCGACGGUCACACAGCGAAAACCGAUGACGCCACCGCAAAAUGCGAACGAUCCGCACGUCAUCCGGAGCUGCGUCGAGGAAAUCCGCAGGAAACGGUUCUUUUUUUAUUUCCGCGUCAAAUUCAUCAGAUUUCCUGUUUUUUGAACGGUUUACUUUAUUAGCACAAGCAAAAAAAGUAGCGACUUUCCUCACGUUUUUCGGGGAAAUUCAAGUCAUAAUCGGCUAGUUCCUACAGUUCAUUUUUGUGCAAAACUCGGGGAAAUCUCCAGGAUCUUUCGAUUGUUUAUCUUUCCCAAAGUUCAGUUGCAUGGAUGGGUUGUUUGGACGGAAAUGAAAAUUCAUUCGAACAUGACCUCGGGGCUCUUGAUUCGCCGUGUGACCCAGUGUUUACGGUCCUCUUCAGUUCUCAUCCUUUGCCGGGUUGAAUUUCACGCCGAGCACUUCUCUGUUUCUCUUUUGUUUCAUGAAUCUUUCUCUGCUCUGAAAUAUUAUUUACGUUUUAAAUGUUUCAAUUGGCUUUCAAAUUGUAUUCAUCUCUAGCUCGAAAGUUCAGGUUGCAACUGGCGAAAGAACUGAACCUUCACGAGCUGCCUCAGACUUCAUCUACAGCACCGGCAGAAUCUUCUGGAGAUCAGUCACGUCAAGUUGUCAACUCCAGUCCGAGAAUUUCGUUAAGGUAUGAUAUUUUGAAGUGAGCAGAGAAUGUGAAGCAGAAGUUAAUCUACAAUCAGAUCUAUUGUAAAAGCGAGUUUCAACAUGUAUUUUCCGAUCAAUCUGUGUAGCGUUUACUCAAAAGUUUGGUCCUUUGCGAGAAAAAAUUUUUCAAAACAUUAUUUUAUUCUUCCAUUUUUUUAAUGUCUCCUUCCAAAAAUACUUAUGACUUUCCCGCGAAAUUCUUGUAAAGAUCGAUUCGAAUAUUGUUUGAAACGGUUCCAAAAUCGAUCUUCAACAAUUUUUUUUUAUUUUUUCAUAAGAUCAAUCAUCUUUAUAAACUCGAAACUAUGGUUUCCCAUUGAAUUGAAUUGAUUUUUAUUCCAUCAAAUCGAAACAGGACUCACUCCUAACAACUGUAUUUUGCUCGAACUCUGACCAAAUUUGUUCUUCGACUUUAUCCUGUUCAUAACAUCUUCAUUGAUGUUCUCUUUAUCUUUUUUCGUGUUUUUCUUCGUUCUCUCCUGUUUUUAGCACCUUUUUUUAAAUAAGAAAUCGCGCCUAGGUGUAUUCGAUAAUUGAAUUUUUGAAUAUUUUUUUUUCGAAUUAAUGCAAGACUAUUUUUCGCCGUCAAUUUCCAAGAAAGAAAACGGCUGCGUGUCAUUUUUUAAUGCUCCCAUUUUAUUCAAAGUCUUUAGUUGAUAGUUUUGAACAGAAUAGAGUUUGGAUUAAUUAAAUUGUCUUAAUGCUUUAUUUUACUAUUUAAGAGCGAAGAACGGCACGCCAGGCUGGCGAGCCAUCGACAGCCGAGGUCCUGAACAUCGGCUUUCCGUGCCUAACCUCGUCGCCGCUGUCGAUCCGACCGUCCCUGGAAGCGUCGGACAGUCGGCUCGAGCUCUCAGAGAAAAACUCGGACGCCAGCAGGACGGCGAGCUCUCCGUGAGUUUCUUUCUCCUGAAACUGAAUGUGUUCAUUUGAUUCUAGUCAUACGUUAUGUACACUGAUUGAAUCGUUUUUUUUUGUGUCAUUCUGUUUUAUUUUUGUAUCAUAAAUCAAGACUGCCCUGUAAACAACUAAGAAAGCUCUUUUGAAAUAAUUUUUCAUUUGUUUAAAUGUAGAUGUUUUUUCGGACGGUUUCCAUUUUUCAUUUUUGAUUUUGUUUUCUGUUUCCUAUUCAAAAAUUCACUUUAGGCAAUCAACGAAGGCUUAGUGACGCCGGUCGUACGACGGAAGAACUUUGAGAGUCUGAGUCGAGUUGUCCCCCAUGUCUCUGAAGAUCGACUGGAAGCCGAAGUGGAGGACGUCGACCUCAAUGGAAAAGUUUCGAUGCGACGAGAGGUCAGAAUUUCGACAUUUUGACGCUAAAAUUUUGUUCCGAAUUUCAAUUGAUCGCUUGAAAAAGUCUUCUGAAAAAAAUUUGAAAAAAAAUUUUAUUGCUACGUUUCUCGAUAAACGUCAAGUUUAUGGAAAAAUACCUGGUCAAAGACAAAAAAAAUUCAGUACUUCCGAUGAGAAAUUUUUAUUUUACUGUCGCGAAUAUAACUGUGACGAACUUCUGGUAGGUGAAAAGAGUCGUUUUUUUCAAGUAAACAUUUAUUUAAAAUGAUAAUGAGCAGUUUCGAUUUCGAGUGAAUAUUAAUUGGUCUUGUGAAUUUAGAAUCAGUCUAGGUAACUUUGGAUGUGAUCCAGUACUCUUUCAGGCGUUAGAAGCCCUUUUCGAUCACUCGAAACCUUCCAGUCGACCUACAGCUGUCAUAAGAAAGUUAGUUUGUGAAUUAUUUAAAACUUUCAGUGGAAGAUUUGGGAGGUCAGAACUUUAUUUCCCCUUGUUUUCUCGCCCAUGUUGUACAGUUCUGGAAUUUCCUCGGCAAAAGCUUUGUUUCCUGAGUCUUCGCAUCUAAUUUGCCUGUCCCCUUUGUUCUCCUCGUUUUUCUUCCAUUCAAAAGCGAUCCAGGGGAACACGUCCAAUCUAACUCGCUGACGAGGCCGUCAAGAGCUUUCAUCUGGCCGUUUCUCUCCGUUUUUCGAACUGUUUUCCUGCGCGCACACUUUCUGCGCAACGUCCGAAAUCCGGUCAUUUCCGGCUUUCUUGAAGAAUUCCCGCUUCCUCUUUCCUUAGUGAAAAAUUAUGCGUUUUUUGGCGAUUCUCGCUCAACUGACUUUUCGAUUUCAUGAUUUUCCCAAUUUUCUAAUACUCACUUAUGUGGUAUGAAUAUGUUGUUUUCAGAAAAGUUUUGGAGGACUAUUUUAGAAAGGAUAAUUGCAGAAAUAAAGAAAUGAAAACAAAUCACACAUAUUACACACACUGAGGCCUUUCCGUUUUUGAACCAUUUGUAUUCGUGAUUAGUUUGUGAUAAGGGUUUUUCUUAUUUUUUGAACAAACUUUUAAAGAAGGGAUUAGAAGAUGUUAAAAAAGUUCAACCUAGGUGAUAACAGAUUAAAACUGGGAAAUUUUUCGAAAAAGGACCUUCUAAAAAGUUUGUAUGCUCAGAUCUAGUUAAAUUUCCACUAAUUCAUAGAUUUUUCACCCUGGUUUCUUGUAUAAUUACGAAUAGCUGACAUCCAUUGUAAACCAAGCGGAUUCAAGAAAAAAAAAGAAUCCAGGUUCGUUAUUCGUCGAUUUUUGAGUCGCCCAGGCUGAUGUGUACGAACUGCGCAGGCCUCUGGUGUGUUACGAAUGCUAAUUCUUUCGUGCGCCUCUUCUUUUCUCCCAAUUUUCCUUGCUUAUGUAACGGCUUUGUUCGAAUUUCCUUCUUAAGUUCUUUUUUUGCUUCAAAAUCAAAAAAUAAUUCUGUUAUAUAGAGAGUUAUCUAGAAUUAUUUCUCUCGUGGCACAAAAUGUAUUCAAUGACGUCUCUUUUUGUGUGCGUUAAAUAAAGAGCAUAAAUGUAAGGCAUCCCGUCGCGAUUUACCAUGGAGAUAACUUGUUUGGCGCCAUUUGAACGCCUUUUCAAACUACCGCCAACAUUGCAUGCCUCUUGAUUCUAUUAGCUGUUUUUAAAGUCACAAUAUUUCUUAAUUUUGCAAUUUCUUGGAGAAGUUUCAGGCGAUUGAGAUAUGUUUUCUCUUUCCAUUUUUUUAAAUUACCUAUCAAUUUACAUAAUUAAUUGUUAAGUGAAUAAAUAAGAUCAAUCUUUCAAGCGUACGCUUGAAGUCCAUUCAUUUAAGACUGUGAGAUAAGGAAUAAUGCGGUUUAAAGCUCAAAAUGGCUUUUCGAUUCCUUAUGUUCGACUCUUAUGAAUUUAUCGGUAGAAAAUCAAAAGAGCAGAGAAAAAGUUUCAUUUCUUUCACGUCGUCUUUUUGUUCCAACACCUCUUUGAGAAAGCUUGUUUUGUGAGAGGAAAAGUUGAAAGCAAGGCGUGAAUGGGUUGUUUUGUGUGUGGCCGGACGGUUACGCCUAGCGGAAGCCACAGCAACCGGUUUGCACAGCCGAGUGGACCGUUGCGAGGCGAAACGCAGGAGAGCAAGUAAGGCCUAGCUCCUUUCUUCCAGUCAUAUCCACGCUUUCCCACUGGUCCCCAAUUCUUCCUGCCAUCUUAAUCAGAACUUUUGCUCAAAAGUAUAUUAUUGAAAAAGUUCAUUCUAUACUAACCCCUACUUUGUUUUUCUGCCAACUGAGGGGUUUCGGCGUAAUCUUUCCUGUUUUUUCGACAAAUUCAAAGUUUUAAGCAUACGUUUCUGGGCAGCUUGAUGUAAGAACAUAUAGUUGAUGGGGGAAAAUGAUCGGAUCAAAACGCAAAAAAAGUUUUAACAGGUUUUUUUCAUCAUUCGCCUUAAGUUUUGGUUUUUUGACGGAUCUAGAAUAUCUCCGAGGCAAAAUUUUGAUUUCUCACAAGGUUUUCUAUCGAUUGAAUAGAAAGAACAGAUCACUUGAUACAUCGCUCUUUGUUCUGGUGAAGUAGCGUUCUUUUCGCUUUUUUUAAUUUUUGACCUUUUUUGUUUGAUGAGAGCGCUCCUUUCUAUGCCAAACUUCGAAGUAGGUAUCACUUUUUUCGUUUUCAAGUGUUUUAUAGUCCUCCGGAAGCUGUUCACACGCCUGCAGCCACUCUGCUAGCACACGAUGUGGAACAAUGCCAAGUGGUCCGAGGACCCUCACUUUCGCCUUUCCAAUCGCCACUUUCACCAAUUCGCUUCCGUUUUGCACAACCGUCCCAGUAUCCCACGAGCGAUACCUGUUGGACCAACUCAUCUACACGUUUUUCUAACAUUUUCAACAAACUGUAUUAUUUGGGAUGAUUCAAUAGAAAAUGUGGGAAGUGUCUUUUUGAAAAAAAUUCGGUAAACAUGAGAGAAGUUUUUCAAUGAAAUAUUUUUUUGCGAAAAAAAUAAUUUUGGGAUUUUUUUUCAAGGUUUUUUUUUCAAAAAAAUCGCUUUCAUCAUUUUUUUUUUUCUCAACAAAAUUUCGAAUAAUAAGGCUUGCAUUUCAGAUUCGAUAGGCGGAUUUAUUAUUAUUUUGUUUGUUGAUUCACUGCUAGGUUGUUUCUCGAUGAAUAGAUGAUUUUGUUUACCAGUAGGCGUCGAAAUCGCCGACGGAAGGUGAGGAUCUCCGCGUCGACGGAUAUUGUGCAGCGCAGGUGUUCUAGGGUCGUUAUCCGGUCCCCGUUUCACGCAAUAAUAGUCGAAUGUUGGCUGAUUUCCCUCUGAAUAUAUUCAUUAGCUGCAUAAGCGAUUGUAUCACUAGGCUUAAAGUUCACAAGAAAAAUUUCUAAUGUUAAUUUCGCUUUUAGGGUUCCUUUUUUUGAGUUUUGUUAUAAUUUUUGCUUAAAAUUCAAGAUUCUUAAAACUGAGAACGCGAAAUCGGAUGAAAAAUGUGGUUAUCACUGUAUUUGGAAAGAAAUCGAUAUUUAAUUUAUUUGAUUUGGCAGAACCGCUCUAUAUUUUGAUGCUGAACCGAGACAUUUUUGACAAUUUCCCAUUUGAAAAAAUAAUUAAGCUAAUGAAGUUAAUGAAGUUAAUGAGUAUGAAUAGUGUGAAGUGAUUUUUGGGAUGGAAAAAAAGAAGCUUAAAUUCAUCAUUUUAUAGUUUUUUUGGUAAAAAUUCUCACAAUUUUAGUUCUUCUGGAGCAAGAGACUCCUUUGACCGCCUCUCAUUCAUGGCUCCCUUUUUGACGCCUCGCAUCAACGUCCACAACCAAUUUGUUAAUUACUCGCCGGCCACUCCUGCCAACUGUCCCUUUUCCGAAUCAACCGAGCCCAUCCCACCUUCCUUUUUUUCUUUUUCGGAUCUCUUUUCUUCAACUUUAGCGAAGAGCUUUUAAAAUUUAUUUAUUUUUUGCAUUUUUUGAUCAGAUAUGAGCGGAGACUCAUUAUUUUUCCAGAAAAAAAGUUUUUUUACUUAUUUCACAGUUUGUCGUUUCAGAAAAAGUUGAUUUAUCUUAAUAAUUCCAGAGAUUUAUCUUUUUUUUUAAAAAAAAGCUAUUCACAGUUAUUUUCCUUGUUGCUCGAUCUUCUGAAAUUUUUUACACCGUGUCAAUGAAAUUCAUCCAUCUAUUUAUUCCUUCAUUCCGGCGUCGAUUGAAGAGAAAAUAUUUCUAUUUUUCACUAUUAAAUUGAGCCAAAUACGCAAUUUGAACAUAUUUAAAACUUUGAGCUGAAUUUUUAAUAGGCAUCCAAAAGCGGAUUCUUUACUUACGAAAUUCCUUCUCUGAGAAGGUCUUCGUUUUGAACAUGGCUUCUAUUGUUUGAAAGAGAUUCCAAUAACUCCUGUGGUGUCGACGGGAAAAUUAUGCAAUGAACGUGGUGUUUGGGUGGAAUUAUGCAUAAUUACGGCAUUCUUUGGUUGGCUUUGGGUGCAGAGGAUCUCAAUUGAAGGCGAAGACGUCGGCCUCAAGGGCGAACGUCAAAGAGACGGAUUUGCGCGCUGACGUGACAUAUUUGUUCCCUUAUUUGGUUGUUUCCUGUUUCGCUUUCCGGCCUGCUCUUUGUAUCUUUUCAUUUUGUGCCAUGUAAUUAUUAAGGUAGUUAGAGUCUGGGAAAUAUCCAGUGGAUGAAUUCGAAGCAACAUUCUUUCAUUAUUUUCGGCGUUUUCUUUGUCGUUCAUUUAUCCGUCACUUAUUCCAUUCUACAUCGUUGUUUUGAAAGUCUGCAUUUAGUUUUUUUUUUGUGGACCGUGUUUGAGUGAGCGGUAAAUCAACUAUGUAUAGGAACUAGCAUAACGAGUAUAGGAAUUAGCAUUCCUCAUCUCGAAAACUGUUUUAUUGAGUUUGGCGACCUUGUAGCGGGAGUUGCGCAAGUCCUUUUGCCUACCUGAUUGGGAAUGGACGUUAGUCACCUGCUUAAGGUCACAAAAGUCUUUUGAGCGUGAGUAAUGCUCAAAAGAAAGUGAAAAGAACAAGUAGAAGGUGAAUAUCUUAAGGAGUGUAGAGUUUCAUUUUGGUCCUUUCAUUGUAGAGAUGAUCACGUCGAUUUUCUCUCUGACGUUCGAAUAAACUAAUAAGUUUUUUGUUUCUUUUCGUAUUUAUACCAAGGAAAAGCGAUUCUAAAGAAAUAUUUCGCUUUGAACCAAGAUAUCCAAGUACUAGCCGGCUGGAGGAAACAAUCGUCACCCUCUAACAGGGCAUAUGGACAGGCUCUUCACUGAAUUUUCGCAUCUGCAUCCCCAGAGAAGCUCGUAUUACGGUCUCCACAUAAGGUAUUAUGUGGAGUGGGGCUGGUGUCAUCUUGUCGACGCUUCUCGUCGAAACUCAAUUGACCCGACCAAAUCUGCUUGAUGCCACACUCCGAAAAACAAUUGAAGAGCACCCCAAACCUGUUCUCCAGUUUUCCCCCAUCAAAACAUUUUUAAAGAGGCUUUUUUCAGAAAGAAAGUCUGUUUCAAAUUGCCUAUUUUGUUCUGAGUUGUUCAAGGUUUUUUCAACUUUCAAAAACAUGGACUCUUUCUGGCUGUUUCUGUUUAGCUGAAAGUUUUUUUUUCUUGCAAAAAUUGUAGUGAUUCCAACCUAUAAAGUAUUUGAAAAAAACGUUUUAGUUUUUUUCUCUAUAUAAUGACUUUUUUUAUUACUUUUUUUCUCGUCAUCUUUCAGAACCCUGACAGAAGUUUUUGUCGGUUUCUACAAAGAAAUAUUAUUUUUUUGUUUUUUUCUUGAAAUCUUUGAAAAGCUCUCAAGCCUUGCUGUUUUUAUUGAAGCAUUUGUCGAAUUUUUACGGAGUUUUUAUGAUCUUUACUAUCAUUUUACACUUUCUCUGAUGUUUAUGUUAAAGAUUCUUUUUCCCUUGAACAUGACCUGAAACAAAGUUAUGUACAAGCAUCGCCGACACAUUAAAACGCGGGGAACAUCUGAGCCGUUAUGUGGAUCAAAUGUCAUGAAAUAUCUUUCCCCGUCGGCUUAAUAUUAUUGAUCGAGUGCACUUGCCCCACUUUCUAGAUGCUUUUUUUUCUCAUUUGUUGAUUCGAGUCUGAUUUCCGAUUGAAUUAUGCAUGUGGUUUUUGAAAAGGAAGAUCAUGGUCGACUUUCCAUUCAAGGUAGUUUUAGUAAAACUGAAUAAAAACUGUUUUCGAGAUGCAAUCCUGUAAAAAUUGCGAACUAUUUCGAAAAGGUUAACGCUAUAUCAUUUUUUCUAAGUUCUCAAUGUUUUGAAUGAGAAAAAUAUUUUUUUAGUAAAAAUCUUUUCCAAAAAAUAUUUCUUUUGAUAAUUUAACUUUUUUUGGUCAUUUUUCUCUCCGACGUUUGUCGUAUUUAUUGAUUUGUAAAAACUUCUGACAUUACUUUAAUUAGUUUCUUUGCCUUUUUUAUUUCAAUUUUGCAGGGAUUCGAUAGAACCGCGGUGCAGCGACCUUGUUUGGCGACGAGCUAAAGCCGUUCAGAAGCCGUCCAACGUCGGCGACGAUUCUCCGAGUUGUUCGACCGGGACCCUUCAGAAGAGUCCUGUAGUCGGUGCGAAGAAGUUGCUCGUCGGCCAAAAAGUCGCCGAGGGACAACCGAAACCCGUCAAUCCGUCGUGGUCUGCCGUCAACUGCGAGCUCAAAACUCGUCAACAGAAAAUCGCUAAGGUAAUCUAUUUUGAAGCACGUUUUGUCUCACUUUAUGCUUAUUUACUUCAUCUUACGUUUUUAGAGAAUCUUCAUUUGAGCGUUACGAUAACGAACUCACUUUUUUUCUUUAUUCUGAUUUCAGAUCUUUAUUCUAUUUCGGUUCAUUAUUUUUCGAUCUUAAAUCAAGAAAAGCGACCUUGUGUUGUGAAAUUCCGGGUGCGCCAUUAUUCACACCACUCACCUGCCCCUCGAUUUUUGAUAAAUAAUUCACUUGGAGCUGUCGCGAUUAGCUAUUCGUUAAUGUAGAAUAAUAGGAGCAGGAGAAUCGUGUUUUUGGGUUGGUCAGACCACCUGCAAUUACCGCAUUAUGACAUGCAUGUGCGAAGGUUUCAGGUCAUGUAUAGGAGAGGGGCGGCCUUUUCCUACCAAAUUAUCAUUUUUCCUCUUGAAAUGUUUCCUUGGUGUAACUUGAGAUCCGUCAUUGACCUCAUUGGCUAGCCUUCUCAAAAUUUCUAAUAAAAUUUUUGAAAAAAAAGAAGAGCAAUUUGACACGAGCUACCGCCUUUUGAAGCACUAAAAGAGUUCUUUUGGUGGUUAUCAUCUUCCUGCUUUUGAAAAUUUUUUAGUGUUUUAUUACUAAAUAUCCCGCUUGAAUAUGAUAAUGUUAAAUUCCUACGGCUAGCCAUGUAGAUGUAGAACAUUUGAAAAGAAAAGUGAUUUAGCAAUGAGUUUAGAGAAUAUCUUGUUUCAGGUGCGACCGACGCCGCAGCCGCGACGCGAUAUCGCAAUGACAAUUGCCGAGGCCGCAGUCCUUCCUUCGAAGAAAAACGUCGGCGGCUACUCGAGCCUCGGGUCGGACUACGCUCAGCUCGCCGACUUCUCUACCACUUCCAAUCGUUUGGAAGUCCCUUCGAGUUGGUGGCCAUACUUUUCUUGCUUUUGAAAGUAGUCCGAAUCAUUUUCUCAGUUACUUGCCUACCUGCAAUCGAACUAUCCAAAUAAUUUACCGAUAAAAAAAAAUUUGAAGUCUGAAACUUCGCCCUUUGAAAUAAAUUUAAAAGCUUUAUUCGAAUGCGGAUUAUUUUAUAAUUUCAAGUCUUGUUUUCAUCUCGAGAAACAUCACUCUUUGCAGGACUCGAUGAUGACAAUCUCAGCGUGGCCGGGACUGUUUUCAACGAACCCUGGGACUCGAACGUCUGGGAAAAUCUGCUCGACUUGGCCCAUCACAGCGACGAAGUGACCAGCAUCCAAAGUGAGUCGAGAUUUGGGUAUUGGAAGUUCAGUUUCUAAAAGUUCAAUUUAAAAAUUGACGAUUCCGUGAUUCCGUUGUUAAAGAGUUCAACGAGACAAUCCAAGAAGAAGAUUCGGAUUCGGACCGCACAACAGGCGCCUACACGUACGACGACGAAGAGGCAGAGGAGGGCUCUUCGAAAAAUUGGACCGAAACUACCCGAAGGACCCUCCCAAGCGACCGCGUCGUUGUCAAAGCCUGGGAGAACCACGCCGACAGGUUUCCCAUUAGAAAAUUGGUUGAUCAACUCGAAACCGUUUAGCAGCAAGUACAGCACGUUGGACAGUCGACUUAAUGACUCAUUUGGCGGAACUCUGAAAAGAAACCUUCAGUCGAGCUCGUUUUCGGUUCGUGCGCUCAGAAAAUUGUUAAUCUGGAAAGAAAAGAAAUCAAGUCCGAAACUUCGCUUUUCAAGAUUAAUCAUAAUUUCGCGUCAGCGGCUUGUUUUUAAUUUGCCCAGUGUUUACUGAACGUUUUUGAAACAGUUUUUAAGUUUUCAAACUCUUCGAAACUCACAAAAAAUUGUCAUUAUCUUUUUUAGUACCGUUCACUCUUUUCUUAUUGUUUCACUGAUCUAGGCUUCAAAAAGCUUGAAGUUCUCCGAGUGAAUUUCAUCAAAAUAAUUUUUCAGCUACCGCGCGCCUUGUCACGAGCCUCUCACAUGGCGUCGAUGGACGAUCUGCCAACGUCGCUCAACUCCAUGUCGCCACUGUUAGGCCAGAAACGUUUGAUGAACGCGGACCCGGGAAUCGACCAACAGAUCGGCCGCUCCAUUCAGGAAUAUGUAGAACGGUAUCGAGAGCACUUCUGGAACUUUCGGAGGACCGGAAAGUUCAGAUUGGCGCGAGUGACUGAAGGAAAAGACGCCUGCUUCGGCCUCACUCUCCGGCAGUUCAUCGCCUGCACCAAGGAGACGAGGGAGACCGAUCCGGCCGUCGUCGUCAGGAAUGUCCGACAGUUCCUCAACGGCAUCAAGAACUACCUUGUCAAGCAUGGAGAAGGUCUGACCCACAAACUUUCUCGGAAUCGGAAACAAAAUCUUCUUCAAAAAGGAUUUGGCAAGGUCUAAAAAUAUUUGUUGGACAAAUUAAAGCGGUAAUAAAACUUGCCAGUUCGUAAGUCAGAAUGUGGAACUUUACCCUCUCAUGAAUCGAUUAUUUUGAAGAGAAAACAAAGUACAAGAAGAGUUAUUUCAGGAGAGCUACACGGUGUUAUCGACGCUGAGAGGUCCCAGUUGAACAGCAACCAGAUACUGAACAUCGACGCAGUUCUGGAAGCGGUUCUCCACAAACUCCUGCUACGUAUUCCAAAUCCUUCCUUCUCGGUUCUAUCGGAAAAUUCAGGAGAGGUGAAGCCGCUCUUGUACCACGUCAUGUGUCGAGACCUGGCCGCGGCCGGGAUUUCGAAAAUAAUCGCUUUCAAUAUGGAAUUCGUCAGGAGCAAGAGCAUCUUCGAAAUGGGGUUCUCCCGAUCGGAUUUGGUGAAUUUUCAUGUUUUUUGCCCGAAAAGGCGCAAGAAGAUUGAAAAAUAAAAACGAGAGAACCAGUUAGAAAUACGGAAAGUUUCAAAGUUACGACCCGCAAGUUAAUUAAAGAGAAAAUUCGGCAAAAUUUGAAUUGUUGAGAACAGAUUCUGACUUUGAACUUCCAAAAAUCUUGAUGUUACGCAUAAAUACACAGAGUGAAUCCUCAAUUUUUUGCUCGAAAUUUUCAAAAAACUUAAAAUAUGUCCAUGACUGAACGUGUUUGAGGGUGCUUUGAAAAAACUCAUUCAAAAAUUAGUCGAGCAAUUUUUUACGGUUUCAAAAAAAAAUCAUUUUUCUUCCGGCCGAGCAAAAAUACGAAGUACAAAGAUUUAUUGUUCGAUUUCUGUUCAUAGAACAUACAGGACGGCGCAGGCUAUUUUGAGUUCUUUUUGAAAUAUUUUUUGCGAACAAGAUCCUCAAUAUUUUCUGUAGUGCUUUAUUCCAAAUCAAUCUGGAACUUUUUCAGUUGGUCGUGCCGUCGCAAAAGGCGUUCGAUGAAGUGAAGGAAUGUCUGCGACGGAUGCAGAGUCACUAUUCGCCUCUCAAGAAACUGCAGAACUUGAUGAAGUAUUUCAAAUGAAGAAGUGACUUCUCAAAUCGAAUGAAUUUUAGGGCAGUUCACUUGAUCCUAUCUGGUCAGAAAAUCGCGUCGCAAAACGAAGAAAACUCCGACCCGAGUUUGCAAAGAGGCGUCCCCGCCGCCGCUGGUAAGUAUUUUUCUUUUCUUCUAGAAAGAAACGAAAAUAAAUAUUUGGAAGGAAGAUUGAAAUGUAAAGAUUUAAUUUUCAGACCUCGUGAGAUGGCUCGUUUACAUCCUUUCGAAGUGCACCUUCACUGGCUGUGAGGUCGAAGCUUGGUACAUGUGGGAGCUUCUGCCUCAGCCCAUUCUUAUGCAGGUAUUUUUUUGCCGAUCAAAGUCUCUUACAGGAAAAUUCGAGAAAUAGAGUUGCAAUAGUUUCCCACAAGUUCUACACAAAAGCCGAAAAAUUGACUCGAGUCUGUUUUCGUGAACUCUUUUGCUGAAUCGUUGCAAAAGACGAAAAAAAGCGCAAAACUUCGAGCUGAUGUUUCUUCGGAUCGUUUAUUUUUCACUGCCAGCUCAAUUAUUGUCUGUGAUUACAGAGCGAUGCAUCCUACUAUCUCACCGCCUUGUUCUCGGCGGUCCACGUGCUGAAGAACCACGGAGCGAUUUGUCGGAUUUGCGACCACCCGUCUCAGCCGCCCACGCCAGUUGUAAGUGUUUUCUUCUCUUCUUGACUUUUUUCUGGCUCUAAGAGUGCGAAACGAAGCUACACACCGAAAAUGGGGACUCUGCCCCGCGAUGCGACCAACAACAACAACGGCGGCUCCUGUGACGCAUUUUUCAAGAUUGCUCUGCCGGACGAGACGACUGGAUCUGUGCGGUAAGUCACAUUUCUUUGAUAAAAUUCUCACCGGUUUAAAUUGGCUCUUAAAAGAAAGACUUUUUUCCAAUAUAGUCGCGUUUGAUUCAGAUACACGACAUUCCCCGGAGUUCCGCAGAUGACGGCGGCUAAUUUGUGUCGCGUCAUCGCCCAUCAGCAAGGAAUCACUAACCCCGAGGACCACGGAUUGUCAGUUUUGGUUUAUGAGCGAAAUUUAUCGAAAUUUUCAUCAUCGGAAAGUUUUAUUAUCGGAAACUUUCCAAAUAACCGUUAUAUGUCAUAACAAUUUUGGCCCUGAAAGAACUAACUGUACUUUCAGGUACCUAAUAAGUGACGGAAUCGACCUGUGCCUCGCCUCCAACGAGUCGCCGUUUUUACUCCGCGAACAGUUGCGGAAAGAGGCCAAAAACUAUCUAUUCGCUUAUAAAAGACACCAGGCGAAAAUAUUCUGGUCCCCCAAUGCAAUGAGUCUUUUCUAG